AUGGCACAGGAGACUGAAAACUACGACCCCAUCGGAACCAUCCUAAUCCAGGUCCAUGAAGACCUUUAUCAGUUAAAGGAGAAAUUAACAAAUUUCCCAUUUGAGGAAAAAGGAGAGGCUCUAAACAUUCAGAAUCUUGAAACUGCAAUCAAAAGGACUGAAAUGGGGUUAAGAAUUCACAUUGAGAACUAUUUAAAUGUUGUAAACCAUCAUGUGUUAACGACUCCUAUUGAUGACGAUAAUUUAUAUUCUUCUCACGCCUCCAAGUGGUUGCUUCCAGCUGUAAUUGAUCAGAAAUCAUUUCUUUUCCCUCUAGAAUCUGAGGGUAGACUUUGGCAAACCCAAAGACAGCACGGUACAUUUCCACAUGCCUGUCCGAGAAUAAAGGUGAAGGUUCAGAAGUUAAUAAAAGGGUCUACCAUAUCCAACCUCACAGUUCUACCAGCCUCUCAUCGCACGGAUCCCUACUUCAUGCCCAUACCUGUCCUACAAGCAGAUGCCAGGAAAGGGAUUUUAAGUAUGAUUGAACGAGGACUGAUUCCACCAACAGCAAGGAUUACCUUUCAGAACCCACCCAUUAUACCGAGAGCAGCUCCUCUGCAUAAUUUUGAUGAAGCACGUAAGAUCCCAGCUGCCGCCCCUUUCGCUACACUUCAGAAACCACAGCUGAUUCCAGUGGAAGCAAAGAAGUUCUCUUCUAAGAAACAAAGAUCAAAGGGGAAACACAAAAGGUCAAGAGGACAUCAUGAUAGGAAGAUCAUGAAAGUCACAACACCUUCAAGAAUUGUGAAAUCACCAUGGGAUUUUGAUUUUUUUAUUUAUAAUGGUGUCAUAGACAAGACAGCCCCGGACUUCUUAGCAUUCAAGGAACAUUUUAAUUUAUCUUGGGGAAGUAUUUUUUCCCUCUUGGAACACAUCGAGAAGUUUCUCAGGGACUAUGCAAUACCAGAAGUUAAAAUAAAAGGGAACAAUUUGGUAUCCUUCCUUCCGGAGUUUGAGCUGAAGAAUAAACUUACCAGAUACGACUUUCUCUCACUGUUAGAGAACCCACUUCGUAUCCAGAUGAUGUUAAAUCUUCCAGGGCAAAGGUACAAGGGCCAAGAUGGAAGGUCAGAGGCUGCCAACAAGAUCCAAGCCACAUGGAAAUGCUUCAAGGCAAGAAAAUUCUUCCUCAUCUAUCGCCAGCAGAAGUGGGCAUCGGGUGUGAUUUCCAUUGCGUGGCUCUUACAUUGCCAUAAGACCCGAGUGAAGAAGAUCCUGAAGGAAUCACGUGAGAGACACCUGGAGAAUUUCCGUAUCCGAGCCAAGCAUCUGGCAGCCAACUGGAAUCGCAUCAGGACCUCCAGGAGGACUAUUAUCCAUAUCCCAUCAUUAGGAUAUUCUCUGCCUGUGAGGCAAAAUAUUGACGACUUCAACACACAGCAGAACAUGCAGCUGGGGAGGCUGUGUGACAUCUUAGAUGCCAAUGUGAGCGUCAUCUACAUCUGCUCCAUUCAGAUGAACGACGAAUUACUGCGGUAUUACAAUAAAAUCCUGAGUCUACAGGCAGCUGUCAAAUCGGGGAACCUUGAGGACAGAAGUGACCUGCAGGACAGGUUCAAAAUUAUCACCCCUGAAGCUAUAAACAUCUUCCCUAAGCAUCAUAUGUGCCUGGCCACUUACCUGAUGUACAGUCCCAAGGCGAUCAAGAGAAUAAAAAAUCUCAUCCAAGGAAAAGAGGCCUACAUUGUCAGCGGGCUCCUCCACAGAGAUGAUUUGGCCGUGGCGGAUAUGUUAAACUUACCCAUCCUGGGUCCAGAGCCUGAAAUAGCUCAUCUUUACAGUAGCAAGUCUGGAAGCAAAUGGGUCUUUGAGAGCGCCAAUGUGCCAGUCCCUCCUGGAGUGUAUGGCAUCUACCGUCACCAACAGAUGCUAGAACAGCUGGGUCAGCUGGUCGUAGAUCACCUGGAAAUCCAACGCUGGCUCUUUAAAAUGGACUAUGAGUUUGGAGGAAACGGGACUGCAUUUUGUGACAUUCCUUCCCACCUACAAUGCUACAAGUGGUUCCUACAGGAGAGGGGCAGAUACGGCCACGAGAACUGGAGGAAGAAAUGGGCACAAGAGCCAGCUUUGGUGAAGAUCUCCGAGGAGCUAGCGGGCAUUUUAGCACAGCACGCACAGCCAGUCAAUGAGAAACGGUUCCCGACGUGGAGGAAAUUCCUCCAAACAUUUCUCAGUCAAGGAGGCACGAUGGAAGCGUUCCCACCUACAGAAAGCGUCACCAGCCUGACGGUGGACAUGCUGAUCGAGCCCAAUGGAGAAAUCAGAGUGCUGUCCACGGGGGACCAGCUUCAUGCAGAAGGCCCCUUCAUCUCUACUGGUACUACCAUGCCUCAGACCUCGGUGGAUCCCCAAGUUCUCAGUUCUUUGUGCCUCAAAAUUGGAAAUGCUUGUAAAAUGAGAAAUGUGGUUGGUUACUUUUCUAUAGACCUGGUGACAUUUAUUGAUCCAACCACCUUGGAACAGCAGGUGUGGGCAACAGGCCUCAGCCUCUCAUACAGUGACCAGCUGGCCCUGACUCAGCUCACCUUAUACCUGACCAACGGCCAUCUGGAUUGCAGUCUGAGCACCCUGAAAGUGCCCUUUGUUCCCAAGAAAGAGAAGAAAAUGAGCUGCCUUAAUGCCCUCGCAGUGCCGGCAUCGGCAAGCAUUCGCUAUGCAGUGAUGACUACCCAGCUGAAGCACAACAAUCUCUCGCUGGUUUUCCACUAUGUUUUCCUGCAAAUGUGUAAGGCCCAUGGCAUUGGCUAUGACAUUGAGGACAGACAAGGAACUAUUUUUAUAUUAUAUGAACACCUGAAGAGAGACAAGUUGGGAAUGUUAACAAUCGGUGAAGAUCUCCAGGGGGUCCUCAUGACCUUUGCUCGAAAUCUCUUCAUCAUCCAUCAGGAAAUAUCAGCACCUAAUAUGCAAGGCGAGACCAAUUUUAAGACGGCCAUUGACGACAUUGAAGCCAUUCUAGGAGUAACAGAGGAAAACAAAAUAAGAUUUGAAGAAGAGCUAAAACAGUCCAAAGAUGAUAAAAACCUCUCUAAACCUGAUAAAUGA